AUGGGAACUAGAGGGCGGAAGGCGAGGAGUGAGGGGGAAGGGGAGGGCAUGAAAAGGAAGGGAAGGGUUGAGAAGGGAUGGGGAAGGGAAUGGCAGGGCAGGGAGGGAAAGGCAGGGAUUGGGAGGGCAGGUGGCAGAGGGGAACGGGAUGGGGGGAAACAAGGAGGGGGAUGGGGGGAAGCAAGGAAGGGGAUGGGGGGAAACAGGGAGGGGGAUGGGGGGAAGCAGGGAAGGGGAUGGGGGGAAACAGGGAGGGGGAUGGGGGGAAGCAGGGAAGGGGAUGGGGGGAAACAGGGAGGGGGAUGGGGGAAGCAGGGAAGGGGAUGGGGGGAAACAGGGAGGGGGAUGGGGGGAAGCAGGGAAGGGGAUGGGGGGAAACAGGGAGGGGGAUGGGGGGAAGCAGGGAAGGGGAUGGGGGGAAACAGGGAGGGGGGUGGGGGGAAGCAGGGCGGAGGGUUCCUCUCACCCUCUGUCUCUCACUCUCUGCCCCUCCCCCUCUGUUCCUCCCCCUCCGUCCUUCCCCUGUGUCUCUCCCCCUUUGUCCUCCCCCCUCUGUGUCUCCCCUUCUGUCCUCCCCCCUCUCCCCCUUGUCCUUCCCCUUCUGUCCGUGGGAAGGAAGGAGCGAGAGAGAGGAUGGGAAGGAAGAAGCGCGAGAGAUAG